AUGACGUCUUCCACUUCCUCCUCCCCCAUACAGCAACUCUGUGAGGGCUCUGAGCCCGACGACUCGCCAAUACCGUACUUCGGCCCGCCCAUUGGAUUCAGCGCUCUCAACCUGAACCACAGCACCCCACGAGGAGACUCCAUCACGACGGUGACCGGUAGCCCCAAGGCUAACCGCCCGAGGUGCUCAAUCGAGUGCAGAGACAUCAAUUGCUCUGUAUGUCAUCCGUCAAACACUCCUUCAAAAGGCCCCCCACCGCAAGGCUCCCGUCCGCAAGCUCAGUCUCCGCAAACUCCCACCCCGCACGGAUUCCAGUCGAAGCCGAAGCCAAAACCGGUCGCAGAGCUCGAACCUGUUCCUCUCGCCAAGGUUGACCGAAGUAGAACGGAUAGCUUCUACCAAGACUCCCCGGCGGAAGGAGAGAAGAUGCAGUCCUGCGACGGCCUGCAGUGUACGAUGUGUUAUUAA